ACGGCCGAGCGGAACCAGCCGCCAGCUGCUCUGAUUGGUCGAGGCCCAGCGAGGCUCCAGGAUAAAACGGACGCUCAGACCUGCAACACAUCAUCGCAAUCAUCAUGGGCUUCCUGUGGAUCGUGUCCUGCUUCGCCUUCAUCGGCGCCGCCUACGGCUGCGGUGUUCCCGCCAUCCCCCCCCGUAUCACCGGAUACGCUCGAAUCGUCAACGGUGAGGAGGCAGUGCCCCACUCGUGGCCUUGGCAGGUGUCUCUCCAGCAAUCCAAUGGCUUCCACUUCUGUGGAGGAUCUCUGAUCAACGAGAACUGGGUGGUGACUGCUGCUCACUGCAACGUCAUGACCUACCACCGAGUCGUUGCCGGAGAACACGACAGGAGUCCCAGCUCUGCUGAGAACGUGCAGGUGCUGAGUCCGGCCAAGGUGUUCACGCACCCCGACUGGAACCCCAGAACCAUCAACAAUGACAUUGCCCUCAUCAAGCUGGCGACGCCCGCCCGCCUGGGCACCAACGUGUCCCCCGUCUGCCUGGCUGGGUCCACGGACAACUACCCGGCUGGCAUGACCUGCGUCACCACCGGCUGGGGUCUGCUCCGCUACAGCGACGCCAACACUCCCACUAAGCUGCAGCAGGCAGCUCUGCCCAUCCUGUCAAACCAGCAGUGCAAAAACAACUGGGGCAGCAACAUCACCGACAAGAUGAUCUGUGCCGGAGGAGCCGGAGCCUCUUCCUGCAUGGGUGACUCUGGGGGUCCUCUGGUGUGUCAGAAGGACAAUGAGUGGAAUCUGGUUGGUAUUGUGUCCUGGGGAAGCAGCAUGUGCUCAACCUCCACUCCAGCCGUCUAUGCUCGCGUCACUGAGCUCCGCGGCUGGGUCGACCAGAUCCUCGCCUCCAGUUAGACGCUGGGAGGCUGCCUGACGCCCACGGCCCCACACCGGCUGCCCCGGCAGUCUAAAUGUGAAAAUUAAUUAAAAAGUGGAUUAUUGUAGA